GCUGCUGGAGGAGGGCUGCCGUUGGCCGCUGCGAGAGCAACACGCUCGAACACGUGUCUGUCUGUCUUGUCGAAGCAGCUGCCGGGACGGGAUGACAGAGGGCCGCAAUUCGGCAGCAGACGGCCGCAGAGCCUCCUGGGAGUUGGAGCUGGACAGCAUGGACAAACGCACCCGCUUCCAGGUCAACCGGGUCGACACGACCAACGCCGACGAGGGCGAAAUGCAGAAGUUGACGUCCAACCCCGACCAGGACGACCAACCGGACGCGGCCGACAUGUCGACUGGGUACGACACAAAGUACGCCAAGAGUUUCCGCCACUUCACCAGGGAGGCUCUGCCCCGCCUGGACAACUACCGCAACAUCAUGUCCAUCCAGGCAGCCUAUCGACCGACCCUCGACGAACUCCACAACGCCACAGUCCACGGAAAGCCGGCCCAGACGCACUUGUCCAUGCCCCAGGAUGGGGGCGAAGGGGUGGUCAAGUUCGGCUGGAUCCAGGGCGUUCUGGUACGAUGUUUGCUCAACAUUUGGGGUGUCAUGCUCUUCCUCAGACUUUCAUGGGUCGUCGGCCAAGCAGGAAUCGGCGAAGCCAUGCUUUUGAUCCUUGCCACGUCUGUGGUCACCACAAUCACAGCCAUCUCGAUGGCUGCCAUCAGCACAAACGGAGAAAUCAAAGGAGGAGGGACGUACUACAUGAUUUCUCGAUCCCUUGGUCCUGAGUUCGGAGGCUCCAUCGGACUGAUUUUCUCUCUGGCAAACGCUGUAGCCUGUGCCAUGUACGUGGUCGGCUUUUGCGAGUCUCUGACUGACCUUUUGGGCACCUAUGACCUCAGCAUUGUCGACGGAGGUCUCCAGGAUGUCAGAAUCAUUGGGUCAAUCACAAUUGUAAUUCUGACAGUGAUUGUUGUUGUUGGAAUGGAAUGGGAAGCAAAGGCCCAAAAUGUACUUUUGGUUAUUCUGCUGAUUGCUAUGGCCGAUUUCUUGGUUGGCUGUUUCUGGGGUCCCAUAGACGAUGAAGAACGCGCCAAGGGCUUUAUUGGUUUGAGCUACGAAACCUUGAAGACAAACUUCUUCUCUGAUUAUCGUGAAGAUAAAGACACUGGAGUAAGACACUCAUUCUUCUCCGUCUUCUCAAUCUUCUUCCCGGCCGCCACUGGAAUUUUAGCCGGUGCCAACAUCAGUGGUGACCUCGCCGAUCCCCAAACGGCUAUCCCGAAGGGUACUUUGCUUGCUAUUGUCAUUACAUCUGCCUCAUACCUGGGCUUUGCUGCCCUUGCUGGCGGCUGUGUUGAGAGAGAUGCUAGUGGCAACGUGACAGUUUUGGAAAUGGGGGGUGACAUCAGUGUCUGCCCUGAAGGUGGAUGUGAAUGGGGACUAAUGAAUAACAAACAGGUCAUGGAACUAGUGUCAGUAUUUGGCCCCUUGAUCUACGCUGGCUGUUUCGCAGCCACCCUCUCGUCUGCCCUGGCCAGUCUUGUGUCUGCACCUAAAGUUUUCCAGGCUCUGUGCAAAGACAACCUUUAUCCAUACAUUUCUGGUUUUGCCAAAGGUUAUGGAAAGAACAACGAACCCGUCCGUGGCUACAUUCUUACUUUCAUCAUUGCCGUUGCCUUCAUUUUGAUUGGUGAGCUUGAUGCAAUUGCUCCACUUAUUUCCAACUUCUUCCUUGCUGCCUACGCAUUGAUCAACUUCAGUACAUUCCAUGCCUCACUGGCUAAGCCUGUUGGAUGGAGACCAACAUUCCGAUUUUACAAUAUGUGGCUCAGUCUGAUUGGUUCAGUUCUUUGUAUAUCUGUAAUGUUCCUCAUUAGCUGGAAUACAGCCCUGCUUACUUUACUUGUGGUUCUUGCCCUAUAUUUGAUAGUGACGUAUAGGAAGCCAGAUGUGAACUGGGGAUCAACCACUCAAGCUCAAACUUACAACAAUGCAUUGAUGUCGGUGCAGCAGCUAAGCAAUGUGGAGGACCAUGUCAAGAACUACAGACCGCAGAUUCUCGUCCUCUCAGGAAUGCCAAGCUCAAGACCACCUCUUGUUGACUUUGCCUGGCUAAUUAGCAAGAAUCUCUCCCUCAUGAUUUGUGGCCACAUUCUGCAGGGUCAAGUUCCUCAAAGGGCAAGAAAUGCCCUCAGCAUCAAUGCACAGGACUGGCUGCGGAAACACCAUGUAAAAGGAUUCUACUCACUGAUUGAUGACCUCAGUUUUGAGAACGGCGCCAAAUCUCUGAUGCAGGCAUCGGGAGUUGGAAAGCUGAAGCCCAACAUACUUUUGAUGGGCUACAAGGGCAGCUGGAGGGAGUGUUCGUCACAAGAGCUCACUAUGUAUUUUGACACAAUGCACAAAGCCCUUGAUAUGCACCUGGCAGUGGCCAUUCUUAGGGUGCAGGAAGGUUUUGACUAUUCCAAGGUGGUUGCCUCAAACGAGGAAGUGAUGAACGGAAAGGCAGCCAAGGGCAUUGUUCCCAUUCCACACAGCAAUUCCACCGAAUCACUCCCCAGAAAUCAAUCUUUCUCGCAGAUGUCUCAAGCUGCCAGCACCACCAGUGACAUUACUCCUCCGGGUUCGCCAAACCCCAGCAGAAGCCGAAACUCGAACAGCCCAGUUGGUCCUCCUGCAGAUGUGGAAAGUGGAAAUGUAGCUGAGCAACCGGCAGAAGAAAAAGCCACUCUAGCCAUUCCUCAGCAAAAAAGGGAUAAGGAGAAGGAGAGUUCCAGGGCCGACUUGUACAAGGGCCCUGGAGGAACCGACUUGCCAAAAGAAGUAAUUCACAAUUUGACCCAGUUUACGAGGAAACAGAAAAAGGGCACCAUUGAUGUUUGGUGGUUGUACGAUGACGGAGGCCUGACCCUGCUGCUGCCAUACAUCAUCAGCACAAGGAGGAACUGGUCCACUUGCAAGCUUCGAGUGUUUGCCCUUGCCAACAAGAAAGACGAAUUAGACACUGAGCAGAGAAGCAUGGCGAGUUUGCUAUCAAAAUUCCGCAUCGAUUACUCUGACUUGAAGAUCAUCCCCAACGUCACCAAAAAGCCACAAGAGAGCACAAAACAGUUCUUCGACAGUCUAAUCUCAGACUUGACAAAAGACAAGGAGGGAGAAGAGGAUAGUGCUCCCAUUUCUGAAUCUGAACUUCUUGCCAUGAAGGACAAAACAAACAGGCAUUUAAGGUUGAGGGAACUUUUAAUGGAGAACUCUAAAGAAGCAAAUCUUGUUGUCAUGACAUUGCCAAUGCCUCGGAAGGGAGUUGUCUCGGCGCCUCUCUACAUGGCCUGGUUAGAGACCUUGACGAGGGACAUGCCCCCCUUCCUGCUGGUCAGAGGCAACCAAACCUCCGUUCUCACUUUCUACUCCUAGUCGCCGUGUCGGGAUUUCAGUAUUAAAGACUUGUGGUGGUGGGGCCGAGAUGCAAGAAAAUCUAAUAAUUCCAGUUCAUUGUGCUUUAUGUUUGUACAUUUCAUUUUCAAGCUAGGUUAAAGAGCAGCUGCCACUUUUUUACUCGGAAUUAAUUAUGUAAUUCAUUGUCAUACCUAGAUUAUUUGUACUUAAUGUAGCUAAUCUAAAUAGAAUGAAUCUCCUUGUGUGUUAAAAAAUACAAUACUUCUGUUUGAGAUGCAUUUAACAUCAAAAGAGGAGAACCUCUUGAUUGUUUCCGUUUAUAUAAUUUCCACAGUAAAUGAGAAGUAUUUCCGAUUUUACCCAACGACCAGUUUAACAUUUACCCUACUUUUUCAGUAGCCUGUAUUGGUUCCAGAGAGACAAUUCUCUUCUGUAAUUGUUCACUUGCAAUUUUUGUUUUAAAUCACAUUGAUGUGCCUAUAAAGAAAGUACAUGAUAUUUUAAUAAAAAUCUUACAAUGGAUAA